UCUCGAGCUUCUGUGGAGUUUCUUUUCUGUGCGUGCUUUAUCGUAGACAGCAUAAAUUUUCUGUCAGAAAAUCCUAUAUAUAUAUUUUGUUUUUAAUUAUUUUAUUCCAGUAAAUGCUUUCAUAAUAAUUACAAAAAAUGAAACCAUUGAUGUUACAUGGGCACGAACGUGCUAUAACAAAAAUCAAAUACAAUCGAGAAGGUGAUUUAAUUUUUUCUGCAAGUAAAGACAAAAAUCCAAACGUUUGGUAUUCGUUGAAUGGAGAAAGAUUAGGAACUUUCAACGGUCAUAAUGGGUCGGUAUGGUGUAUUGAUGUUAAUUGGGAUACAACGAGAUUUAUAAGUGGUUCCGGAGAUAAUACAUUGAGAAUUUGGGAUUGUCAAACAGGCAAAGAAAUUGGUCAACUGCCUACAAACAGUUCCGUUAGGACAUGUGCAUUCAGUUAUUCGGCAAAUACUGCUGUUUAUUCUACCGACAAAGCUCUUGGUCAUCAAUGUGAAAUGUUCAUCAUUGAUACGAGGAAUGUUGACCCCGUAAUUUCACAAGAAGAUGCUAUUCGAAGGAUUCCAAUUCAUGGACCAAGAAUCUCAGCUAUUCUUUGGGGUGCUUUAGAUGAAACUAUUAUUACUGGUCAUGAGGAUGGUGAAAUAAACGUUUGGGAUGUCACCUCGGGAAAAAAAUUAAACAGUCAAAGAAGCCAUAAGUCUCAAAUAAAUGAUAUGCAGUUUAAUAAAUACGGUACCAUGUUUAUUACGGCAUCUAAAGAUCACACUGCUAAAUUAUUUGACACCGAAUCCCUAAUGCAUUUGAAGACUUACAAGACAGAACGGCCAGUAAACUCAGCAACAAUAUCUCCAAUUUAUGAUCAUGUAGUCCUUGGAGGGGGGCAGGAUGCUAUGGAUGUAACAACGACAUCAGCCCGUCAAGGAAAAUUUGAUGCUCGAUUUUAUCAUCUAGUUUUUGAAGAAGAGUUUGCUCGUUUAAAAGGUCACUUUGGUCCCAUUAAUUCACUUGAUUUUCAUCCGAACGGUCGGAGUUUCUCCAGUGGUGGAGAAGAUGGUUAUAUUCGUAUUAAUACAUUUGAUCAAUCUUAUUACGACUUCCACUUUGAAUUUUAAUCGAUUGUAUUAUUAGAAAAUUGGAGAAUAAAAAAAAAUUGAGAAAAAUAUAAA